GAAGCGGACUAUAAAGCAGAGAGGGCCGGGGCCGAGAGGAGAAAACCUUCAGUCAGAGACUCGAGAAACUAAAGGAGACUCGGACGUGACGCGCUGCAGUUGGUUUUAUUUCUUGUGUGUGUGUGUGUGUGUGCGUUUGCGUGUGUGUGCGUGCGCGUGUUUUCGCUCCGAGGCUUCACAGAGUGCUCCGUAUCGCUACGGGGAGUCUUUUGGGGAUGCUGGCUACCCGCGCGCUCCCGUCCUUGCUGUGCGCGCUGAGCUGCGCGUGGCUGGAGUCCAGCGGAGCGGCCUCUCGACUCAAGUCCUCUUCUCUGCCCAUCCACUCGGAGAGGGAACCGCUGCCCUCCAAGGGCCUGGCAGGAUGCUCGUUCGGGGGCCGCUUCUACUCUCUGGAGGACACGUGGCACCCGGACCUCGGGGAGCCGUUCGGGGUCAUGCACUGCGUCCAGUGCCACUGCGAACCGCAGAAGGGCCGUCGCGGUAAAGUCUUCGGGAAGGUGAACUGUAGGAACAUCAAGCAGGCCUGCCCCGAGCCGGACUGCGAGGACCCUGUCCUGCUGCCGGGACACUGCUGCCGCAGCUGCCCCAAAGGCGACAAGAGGCCGAGCGCCUCGCUGCCCGAGGGCUUCGAGUACUUCCACGAGAAGAGCAAAGACAAAGAGGACGACCUCCACAAGUCCUACAACGACCGGUCCUACCUGAGCUCCGAGGAGGCGGGCCCCGGGGAGAGCCGCACAGACUUUGUGGCGGUGUUGACAGGAGUGACGGAGUCGUGGCUGCCGAGCUCCAACGGCGUGGCCAGAGCUCGCUUCUCCCUGACCAGGACCAGCCUGGCCUUCUCCAUCACGUACCAGAGAAUGAGCCGCCCUGGUAAAAUAGUCUUCCUGGAUGCAGACGGCGCCCCCGCCUUCGAGCACCGCGUCCCGCCGGGACGCUCCGACAUGAUCUGUGGCGUCUGGAAGAACAUGGCGAAGCCUGCGAUGCGACAGCUGCAGUCGGAGCUGAUGCGCGUGCGCAUCACGGCGGCCUCGGGCGGGCGCCACGAGGUGGAGGGAAAGGUCAUCAAACACAGGGCGCUGUUUGCCGAGACCUUCAGCUCCACGCUGACGUCUUCGGAGGAGAACUCGGGCACCGGGGGCCUCGCCAUGUUGACGCUGAGCGACACGGAGAACAACCUCCACUUCAUCCUCAUCCUGCAGGGCCUGGUGCAGCACAGGGACCGAGAAGGUCUGGUGCCCAUCCGAGUCCAGCUGAUGUACCGCCAACACGUCCUGAGAGAGAUCCGCGCCAACGUCACCUCCCACGACCCGGACUUCGCCGAGGUUCUGACCGACCUGAACAGCCGCGAGCUCUUCUGGUUGUCCCGGGGUCAGCUGGAGAUCGCCGUGGCGACCGAGGGUCAGGACCCCCGGCAGAUCUCCGGCUCCAUCACCGGCAGGAAGUCGUGCGACACCAUUCAGAGCGUGAUGUCCAGCGGCGACGCGCUGACCCCGGGGAAGACGGGGGGCGCCGGGUCGGCCAUCUUCAACCUCCACGACAACGGCACGCUGGACUACAUGGUCCAGGUCGCCGGCCUCUCCAGCGAGUGCGUGGGCCUCACCAUCGAGCUGAAGCCGCGGCGGCGGAACAAGCGCUCGGUGCUGUACGACCUGACGGCGGAGUUCGACGCGGCGGCGGGGCGGGCGCAGGGCAGCUGGAGCCGCAUGGAGGCGCGGCACGUCCACAUGCUGCUGCAGAACGAGCUGUUCAUCAACGCGGCCACCGCGCACGCCCCGGAGGGCGAGCUGAGGGGGCAGAUCCGAGCGCUGCUCUACAGCGGCCUGGAGGCGCCGCGGCAAGAGUUGCCCACCACGCUGGCCGGACACUUUGUGUCCCCCCCGGUGAGAACCGGGGCCUCCGGUCACGCCUGGGUGUCCGUGGACCAGCACUGCCACCUGCACUACGAGAUCGUGGUGGCGGGCCUCAGCAAGACGGACGACCUCGCCGUCAACGCCCACCUCCACGGCCUGGCCGAGAUCGGAGAGAUCGACGACAGCAGCACCGCCCACAAGAGGCUGCUGACCGGCUUCUACGGGUCGCAGGCUCAGGGAGUGCUGAAGGACAUCAGCGCUGAACUACUGCGACACCUGGACCAGGGCAUGGCCUUCAUCCAGGUCAGCACCAAGACCAACCCGCGAGGAGAGAUACGAGGACGGGUCCACGUGUCCAACAACUGCGAGUCGGGGACCCGGGCCGAGGAGGCCGAGUUAGACGACCUGCUGGCCAUGGACCCCGAGCGGCUGAAGAAGGACCCCCACACCUGCUUCUUCGAGAACCAGCAUCAGGCCCACGGCUCCCGCUGGACCCCCAACUACGACAGGUGCUUCUCCUGCAGCUGCCGGAAGCGAACCGUGAUCUGUGACCCCGUCAUCUGCCCCCCGCUGAGCUGCUCCAGAACCGUCCAGCCCGAAGACGAGUGCUGCCCCCGCUGUGACGAGAGCGAAGAGCCCCAAGACAUGAAGGUGGCCGAGCGGGUGGAUGAAAAUCCCGAGGGUUGUUACUUCGAAGGAGACCAGAAGAUGCACGCCCCGGGGACCACGUGGCAUCCCUUUGUGCCUCCCUUUGGCUACAUUAAAUGUGCCGUGUGCACAUGCAAGGGAUCUUCGGGGGAGGUGCACUGCGAGAAGGUGACGUGUCCGCUGUUGACCUGCAGCCACCCGGUGAGACGCAACCCCUCCGACUGCUGCAAGGAGUGUCCCGAGGAGGAGAGGACCCCCCCGGGCCUGGAGCACGGCGACAUGAUGCAGGCGGACGGCCCGAGGAACUGCAAGUUCGGCAAGAACUACUACCAGAACAGUGACAACUGGCACCCCUGGGUGCCGCUGGUGGGGGAGAUGAAGUGCAUCAACUGCUGGUGUGAUCACGGUGCCACCAAGUGUCAGAGGAAGCAGUGUCCCGUGCUGACCUGCAGCAGCAUCGCCCGCAGAGAGGCGGCGUGCUGCCCCGAAUGCCUCGAUUCCAGAGAGGAGGACGUCCCGCCGAUGAAAGCUGCGGACAAAAGACGAAGCUGGAGACACUAAUGUGAACCGCCCCCCCCGUCCCCCCCCCGUCCCCCCCGAUGGACCCCAACCCUGCACACUGGGUCCCAUCCUGGGUCUCACCCUCCCUCCCUCCCUCCUCACCCACCCUGCUAUCAGCUUCGGGAUUGUAAUGAACAGAGAGACACAGGAAGCAGGAAACACCUCCAAAGACUCGCCAGGUGAAGGAAUGAAGACGUUCACAAACCUCUCUGCUUCCUGUCGCUCCGUUGUUGCUGGACUUUUAUUUUUGUUGGAUUUUUUAUUUUAUUUUUAAACAGCUAAACAGGAUAAAACAACAAAAACGUAUAUACAUUUAUAUAUGUUUUGUUGUGAAUGCAUUUUGUGGUAACAGUCGACAGGGUACUGCUCGAGGUACUGCAGCUACUACAUAUGCGAGGAUGUGUGUGUGUGUGUG